AUGGCGUCCAUGAUGCGGCCCACCGUCCAGGUGCCACCCCUGGCGGCGCCCACGCCCUCCGCAUGUGCGGAGGGGCCAUCGGUGCCGCGCAUAGAGAGAGUGCCUCCUCUUGUAUUCGCUGCACCUGCGGCUCUCUACCUCGCCAGGGGCUCCAGGAGAUGGCGGAGGCUCAGCCGCAGCAAGGCGCGACCGGCCCAAGUUCGGUGCUCCGCCACGGCUGUGAAGGAGCAUGCCAUGGAAGGGGAGCUUAUCGCCCAGUUGGACACUGGCUCCUUGGUUCUGUGGCUGCUACCACAACAUGCGCUGCGGCUCGCGGCGUGGCUGAGUGAGUGGGAGGGUCGCAGCCACGGCAGCCAUGAAGGCAACUUCUGGCGCCAGCGGAUGAUUGUGGCCAUGAAGAAACGCCUGGAGAGCGCCGCAUUCGACGAGCCUCCGCGUGGAGGCGCACCUGCGUCCGACUUCCGCGUGUAUUCUGUGCAUCAGGCACCGGCCGAAGCGCCACUAGCCAUCGCAGCGGUAUCCGAUCGCCCGUUUCCCUUGGAGCCCCUGGGAGCCCUCCACGUGGAUGCGAUCGUGACGCAGCCCGACGCUUCGGCCCGGGGGUUGGGAGCGGUGUUGCUUCGCUGUCUGGUGCAGCAGGCUGCAGCGGCCAACCAGGUGCUGGUGCUGGAGCCUCAAUCUGCCGGCCUCGAGGCCUACUUCACUCGGCUGGGCUUUCAGCACAUCGAGGAGCUGGACCCCUACCUCUGGGUCCCCUCUGGAGCCUUGCCGGGCCGCGAUGUGGACGUCCGCUACGUCUUGGUCCAAGAUGAGGACUACCAAAGGCUUGUGGCGGCAUUCAAGCGGCCACCAGCCUGGACAGGUGUUACGGAGGAGAUCUUCCUCAGCGCACGGCAGGACACCGCUGCCCUGGAUGUCAUGGCUCUGCGUGUCUCGAGCCAGGGAACCAGCCGCCGUGCCUUCGCGCGGCGGAUGCAGCGAGAGGCCCCCGGCCGACCCUACAAGGCUGGCGACGUCGAGGACGUGGACCCCGCCGAGGUGAUGGCCAUCAUGCGAGGUCCAGAGAAGCUCGAGGAGGUAGACUGGGCCUGCGCCGAGGAUUUCGGCGGAGGGACCGUUGACAGACUGCGGCGGGUAUACAAGUGA